AUGCAGGGGCACAGAGGUGGCAUGGAUCCUUUAUUUAACUUUGGUGGCUCUUUUGCCGGUUUCGGAGGCUUUGACACCUUUAGACCUCCGAGGACAUUGCGAAGGGAUCCCUUUGAUGAUCCUUUUUUCACUCGUCCUCCUGGAAGCAUCUUCCAAUCUACUCCCUUUGGUCUAAAUGGAGAUCUUUUCCCGCUGCAUAUGCAUCCACUUGGAUUUCUUGAGCAGCAGGCUCUAGAACCAAGAAAAUCAAGAGGGGUAAUCAUUGAGGAAUUAAACUCUGAUGAGGAAAACGAGGAUGCAGAGGAGGAGAAGAAGCAUGCUAGGGCAGACAAUGAACCCUUUGUUGAACUACCAAAUGAAGAAGUUGAAGAGAUAAGGAGCACUAGCAGUGAUGGAGUGAAUAUUUUCCAGUUUACUCCCUUUGGUCUAAGUGGAAAUCUUUCCCCCCUGCAUAUGUAUCCAUCUGGAUUUCUCGAGCAUCAGGCUCCAGAUCCUCAAAAAUCGAGGGGGCCAAUCAUUGAGGAAUUAAACUCUGAUGAUGAAAAGGAGGAUGCCAGAGAGGACGAGAAAGAAAAUCGAAGAAAGCAUGCUAGGUCUGAGAAUGAACCCGCUGAUGAACGCCAGUAUGAUGAAGCAGAAAGGAAGAGGAGAAACUCAGCAAUCACCUAUGGUGGUGCAAAUGGAACAUACUAUACUUCAUCAAAGACAAGGAGGACUGGUAUUGAUGGAGUGAGCUUUGAAGAAUGCAAAGAGGCUGAUAGUGCCAAAAGACCAGCUACUCCCAUAAUUUCUGGAGGCAUUCAUAAUAAGGUGACCUUUGAAGAAUGCAAGGAGGCUGAUAGUGCCAAAAGACAAGCUCCUCACAUAAUUUCUCGAGUGUCAGCAACACAUUCUUAG